CGGAUCGCGCUUGUUACUAUUAUAUCAUAUAUUUCUGUUCAUUUGAACAUUGAUUUCAUAAGAGGGAUGUACAAAAACUGUGCACUCAUAGAGGGCCGUAAGAAAACUCAAUAUCAAUUUACUUAUCUCGCACAGGUUGGAGGCGCCUAUGGUCUUGCAGAAUUCACCUCAACCCGGUACGAAAAGCACGAGAUCGAUGUCUCCAAGUUCACGAAGGAGCAGCUAGCACACUUAGAGAAGAACAAACGCAAGUUCGACAUGCAAGCAGAAUAUGAGCGCCUCAGUGACAUGGAUCUAGAAAACUGGGAGAAUGUCAGGGUUGCCCGACCUGACGGCCUUGAAGAAUCAUUACAAAAUAACACAACUAAGCCUUAG